GCCCAACAUAGCACGGUUGUGUAUGGAUGGUAACUAUCUGGAUUUUCAUGGAUCGCCAAGUUUGAACAGACUGUUUACGACCCGGUGAACUGGUUGCCGGGGAGCUAGUCUGACCAUGGCUGCCGGUGUGGCUUUGGGGGAGAGCCAGCUUCAGAGGAUUAUCAGAGAUCUGCAUGAUGCUGUAGCUGAGCUCACUAAAGAGUACAAGGAGAAUGGGGAGCCAAUCACAGAUGAUAGUCCCAAUCUGCACAAAUUCUCCUACAAACUGGAGUACCUGCUGCAGUUUGACCAGAAGGAGAAGACAACAUUUCUUGGCACAAGAAAAGACUACUGGGAUUAUUUCAGCGACUGUCUGGCCAAGAUCAAAGGCGCCAACGAUGGUAUCCGCUUUGUCAAAUCCAUCCCAGAGCUGAAGACAUCUCUGGGGAAGGGCAGGGCUUUCGUUCGCUACUCCCUGGUGCACCAACGACUGGCCGACACGCUGCAGCAGUGUCUGAUGAACCAAAGGGUAACCAGUGACUGGUACUAUACUCGCAGCCCCUUGCUGAAAUCCCACCUCAGUGUUGACAUCAUAAGUCACCUGUAUGAGCUCAACGAGGUCCAGUUUGACGUGGCCUCCAGGGGUCAUGACCUUGACUCGUCUUGGCCCACCUUCGCAAGGAGGACACUGGGCAUGCCAAACUCACCUGGCCACAUGUGGAAACCACCCAGUCGCAGCUCUAGCAUCAACAGUCUGGCCAGCACCUACUCACAGCAGGCUCAUGAGUUCCUUGGCAGCCCUGACAAUGGCCCAAGCAUUCUGAGCGAGUUGAACGAGUUGUUGCCUUCCAGCGUAGAGGUGAGUAUGUUGGACGAGCUCCGCCUGGAGCUGGACCAGUCAGAGCUGAAGCAGCGGGAGCUCCUGGACAGGGUACAGCAGAUGGGGGAGGAGGGUGCUGAGCUCAGGAGUGUGGUGGUGGAGCUACAGAGGCAGCUGGACGUGUCGCUGACCGCCCAGGAGAAACAGCAGGGUAUGCAAGGGACCCUGAAAGACCUGGAGGCACGGGAGGAGGCCUUGUCCUGCGAGCUGGAGUCCCUGAGGGCCGGGGAGAAGGCCAGGGAGACCGAAAAUCGCCACCUUCAGGAGAAGCUGGCAGCCGCAGAGGGGAAGAACGUAGAACUAAUGGCCAAACUGGAUGGCGUGUUGGAUGAGAAGGGCCAGCAGGCGACUAGCUACUUUGACUCAGCACAGAAGAUCCAUGAGCUACUGGACAGACUGAAGGAGGCUGAGAGGGGGAAGAUAGAGGCUCUGGCAGAGGGAGAGGAUAGGAGAAGACAGGCCGACAGGCUGGCAGAUGAGCUAAGGGUCAAAGAGGUGGCAGAAAAGAAGGAUGAGGCCAAGCUUGAGUCGCUGUCAAAAUCCAUUGCAGAGGGGAACGCUAAGUUUGCGGAGUGUGCAGAGGAGCAGCGUAAUGCCAUUGACAAGCUCCAGGGGGCAUUGACUUUGAGAGAGAAGGAGGUCAACAACCUGCAGAGGCAGCUGCAGGACCUCCAGAGUGUUCUGGAAGAGAUGGAGAGACAAGCAGAGGAGGCCAGAAACAGAGCAGAGGAGGAGAAAGUUGAGAUCCAGGAAAGCAUAGGCAGUCUGAAAGAGGCCUUGGAGGUGGAACUACUCUACCUGAAGGAGCAGUUGAAGAGCAGAGAGGCGGAGCUGCUCUCCAGCAUACAGAGGCUUCAGCACCUGGAGGUCCAGAGCCAUAGCCUGACAACGGAGAGGGACAUCCUGAUCGCCAACCUCUCCAAGCUGGAAUCCAGCAUCAGGGAGCAGGCCAAUAAAAUGGAAGAGUACAAGACUCAGUGCACCAACCUGAUGGAGCUGAAUGGGAAGUUGCUGGGCACAGUGAAGAGGAAUGAGGAGCUGAAGAAGGAGCUGGCAGAGAGCCGGGCAGCCCUGGAGGGUGAGGUGGCCGCUCUGAGGGCGUCUGACAAGCAACUGAGGGGCCAGCUGGAUGACGCCAAGGUAACAGUGGAUGAGAAGGACAGGAAGUUGCGUGAGGAGAACCGGGCCUUGGACGAGAGUUUACAGAGGGCGGCCAAGGCCGCCGCAGUCUCAGAUGCCUCUAUCAAACGGCUGGAGCAGGAGAACCAAGGCCUGAGUGAGGAGCAGGCUACGGUGAGGGCGGCGCUGAGCUCCAUGCAGGAGGAACUGAAGUCCAUCCACGGGCAGAUAGGAGAGCUGGAGAAGAGCUUGGGGGCAUCCCGCAGGAGCGAGGCCAGCCUGCAGGAGCAGCUCAAAGACAGGAAGGCCCAGCUAGAGAACAAGGAGAAGGGCUGUGCAGAGCUCCAGGCCAAGGUGGAGGCCCUGGAGGCCAGAGGAAGGGCACUGGAAAAGGCUAAGGCAGAUGCAGAAAAUGCCUGUGCCAAAAAGACAAAGCUGAUAGAGAGGGUCACCACUGAGAAACAGAUGGUGGAGAGAACACAGCUACAGAGAAGCUCUGCCCAGGCCAAGGAGAGCCAGGAGGUAGCCGCCAAGCUGACUAUGGUGGAGGGCCAACUGGAAGUGAACAUGAAGGAGGUGUCCAGGUUCCAGGCAGAAGUGAUGGAUUUGAGAGUGCAGCUGAAGACCUCUGGGGAGGACAGGAUGAGGAGCCAGGCCCAGCUGGAGGUGAUGGAGGCCCAGAAAGACGCGCUCAGGACCCUAACAGAGCAGCUCAAAGCCCAGACUGAGGCACUUAACCAGAGGCACGUGGCCGAGCUCCUGCAAUGCAAAGAGAGGGAAGAGGCUCUGAGCAGGGAGCGUGACCAGGAGGCAGCCACCCGGUCCGAGUCGGCUGCCGCAGAGGCCUCCGCCAGGGGAGAGCUGGCUACGCUAAAGGCCCAAAAUGAGAGGCUGGCCAUGGAGAAUGCUGAGAUACGUGAAGGCCUCCACCGGGCCAAUACAGAGAUGGCAGAGCUUGGGAUGACUAUCUGUAGACUGACAGCAGAAAGGGAGGAGGCCAAGGAAGGCUGGGCGGGGGAGGCAGACAGGAUAGGGGAACUGGAGGAGAAAACUUCCGGGGAGGUGGAGCGGCUGGAGGCCUGCAUGGCUGCCAUGCGCCAGGAGAACACCAGCCUAAGAGAGGAACUGAGGAUGACAGAGAGCCUUCCAGGAGCCAUGCUGGAGCUGCAGGACAAGCUGGAGAAGGCAGAGGGCCAGGUGAGGAGCCUCCAGGACUCCAGUCUGGAGGAGAUGGAGGCGGUCAAGUUCCAGAUGAGCUCCGAGAGCAUGAAUCAUCAGAACCAGAUCAAGAGUCUGAAAGAUGAGGUGGGGAAACUGAGGGUCCAGCUGCCUAAAGAGCAGGAGAAAGUGUCCAGUCUGGAGGCAAAAAUAUUUGAGAUAGAGGGGGUGAAUGAGGAGUACUCACGGCUGAUUGGAGAGAAAGAUGCUCACAUCACAAAGUCGGAAGCUGCUAUUCGUCAGAGUGAGGGAGAGAUUCAGCGACUGAGAGACUCUGUCACCAGUGCCGAGGAGGUUCUCUUGGCGGUCCAGGCGGCGCGUGAGGAGCUGAAGAAGAAAUUGGAGCAGGCCGAGGUUGACAAGAAUAGUCAUUACCUCAGGACGACAGCAGAGAUCGACGACCUCUACCGAACCAAGAGCACGCUGGAGGAGCGCCUCAUCGAACUAAUCAAGGACAAGGACAUUCUGUGGCAGAAGUCAGAUGCUCUAGAGUUUGAGCAGAAGCUGCGUGCAGAGGAACGCUGGUUGCAGGACAAGGAGGCCACCCACUGCCUGGGCUGCCAGGGCCAUUUCACCUGGUGGCUACGCCGACACCACUGCAGGCUGUGUGGACGCAUCUUCUGCUACUACUGCAGUAACAACUUUGUGAUGACCAAGCACAGUGGGAAGAAGGAGCGUUGCUGUAGGGAGUGUUACACCCAACAUAGAGCAGUGGUGGAGAGGUUCACAGAGGCUGAGCUGAGUCCCUCCGACACCCAGCCGCCUCCCCCCGGAAUUGGGCCUCACUCACUCCCCGAACCAGCCCCCUACAAACCUACUCCCAGGGUUACAGUGUCGGACCCCAGCGCCAAGACUGAUGACGGAGCCUAUGACAUCACCACAGAGGAGGAUGCGAACGGGAUCUAUGACAGCGACUCGCUGUCCCAAACCACAGGGGAUUCAUUGGAGGGGGAGCAGAACACACGGCCACUGGGGGCGCUAGAUAUAGGUACAGGAGACACGACCCCAGAUGACCCAGAAGAGAAUGUGUCCACUCUGCAUGAUGCAGAGAUCGCCCUUCUCAAGUCUGGAGAAGUCACUCUGGUCGUCCCUCUCAGCAUCGACGACAUCUCUCAGUUUGGCGAUGGCUCCCGGGAGCUUUUUGUCAAGUCCAGUUGCUACAGCGUGAUCUCCAUCGUCGUGGUCGAUUGCAGCCCCACCGUGAGCUGGAUGUUCUCCUCGGAGCCCAAGAGCAUCUCGUUCAGCAUGGUGUACCGCGUGACCGCCGACGUCCCCGUGGAACAAUCCAAGGUGCUGAUUCCUCUGACUCGCUGUAACUCCCACAAAGAGGCCAUCCAAGGCCAGCUGAAAGUCAGGAACCCUGGUCUCUACACACUCAUCUUCGACAACUCCUUCUCAAGGUUCAUCUCCAAGAAAGUCCUCUACCACUUGACACUCGAGAAGCCGGUUAUUUACGACGGAAGUGAUUUUUAAGACUGAUAGUGGACACUUACGCAGGGUAAAUGUUAUAGGGGAAUGGAGGGAGGGAGAGGGUACAGAGGGAGGAGGACAAUGUGUCCAUUUCAUUUUUACAGCUAUUUAAUUUUAAAGGAUUUCAUGUGCUUAUUUUUUUUCUGUGUUCCCCACCAAGUAUUUUAUGUUUAGUUUUGCUGUUUUAUUCCGAAUAGUUUUUUGUUGUUGUAGGAUCCCUAUAUUUUUAACACUAGUGCUUUUAUGUUUUGGAGUGUGUUAGUUAUGUUUUAGUUAGAGCACAAACACCCUACAGACAUAGUGGUUCGCUCUUAAGUCAAAUGGUUUGGUCUAAUGGACUCCUCACUGAGAUUAGGUGGUGAAAUUCAAAUCAAAACCUAACCACAGCUAAGGGGUUAAAAUGCUUACGUUAUAAGUUCACGCCAGGGUCUUGUUAAACACAGAUGGAGAAGUUAUUGCACACACUACUUAAGAUGGCCACACAUUUAUACAAUGUUAUUAGUUCUGAUUUUCUUUCUACCAUGGACUAGCACAGUGUCCACAGGUGAGAUGAUUCUUCUUGAGCAACUGCGUACAUUUUAAUCACACUAUCAGUAGGGGAGCACUGUACAAUAGAGCAUUUGUUUCAAGCUACAAAAACAGCACGUUGUUAAGGAGAAGGCCGUUAUGUUGGAGUAUCCUCAAAAUGCUGUGAUGCUGAGGGAACUGAAUGAAGUGCGGGUCAACAGUCAGUAAUGUAGGGGGAUUGAAAGCUUUGCUACCAAAUUCUUGGUACUUUUGAAGCCUACUGUUUGAGUGAACUGAACACUUUGAAGGACCUCUCUCUUCGACUGUCGAUAACCUUCCCUCAAGUAGGUCAAUAUUUCAUGUUUUCAGAUGAAAGACUGCCAUCUUCAAUGCCAUAUAAAAAGCACAAGGGGGGCUUUUAUAUCCCAAAGAGAAAUCCAUUUUCAAAUGGUUUUGUUGCAAAAGACAAUGUCUUCUCUUAUUUUAACAUAAUACUAUUGUUUUAAAGCACACUAUAUUAUAUUAUUACAGCACACUCAACUAUUAUGAUCUAUUACCAAGCUCAAUUUCACUCACUGACAAAGGAAGUGCCAAUCCUUGCCUUUUAACAUAACUUGAAAAAAUGUUUCCAUUACAAGACACAUAAAAACUGCACUGUGAAAAUGAAAAGUUAAGUGCCAAGAUGGCACAUUGUCUUUUCACGUGUGCAGAUUUGACAUGUGUUUUGGAUAGCCAGUUCGUGCUAUACUCAGCAUCUUUAAGAAUCCACUGUUGUAUACAGUGCUUCUACUUCUUUAAUGUUUUAGGCUAUCCUCAUGGAAUAACACUUAGCCAAAGGCUAUCCUCAUGGAAUAACACUUAGCCAAAGGCUAUCCUCAUGGAAUAACACUUAGCCAAAGGCUAUCCUCAUGGAAUAACACUUAGCCAAAGGCUAUCCUCAAGGAGCACCUCGGGGCACAGUUGAGUAGAGUGGUUCUCAACUGGUUUUGCCUCGGGACCUAAAUUUGAACCAGGUUGUCUCAGUCGCAAAAUGUGCCAAAAACCAUGUUUAAUGCAAUAUUAAUAGUAAAUGUAGAAAUUAUAUGACAAGGGAAAAACAUUCCCACCUCUUUCAUUGUCAUUAAUUCAAUUUUGCCCAUAUUCUUGUUGAAGAAUUUUAAACUCACUGGUUUGAGACGACAAAAUCAACCAAAAAUUGCACUGCUAAUAGCUAUAUAUUGAAAUUCUGUGAUUGAAAAAAGAUUAUUCAGAGAUUAAAUUAUUUAAAAAAUGAAAUUCAUUAUCAUUUCCACACACCUUCUACCUGAUUUAAGUUCAGACUGGAGUAUUUUUUCCAUAUAUAUGUACAGUACCAGUCAAUAGUUUGGACACACCUACUUAUUCCAGGGUUUUUCUUAAUUUUUACUAUUCUCUACAUUGUAGGAUAAUAGUGAAGACAUCAAAACUAUGAAAUAACACACAUGGAAUCAUGUAGUAACUAAAAAAGUGUUAAACCAAUCAAAAUAUAUUUUCUAUUAGAGAUUCUACAAAGUAGCCACCCUUUUGUCUUGAUGACAGCUUUGCACACUUUUGACUGGUAUAAAUAUUUGUAAAAAAUACACCCCAGACGCAUUCAAAACCUUGGGUUGCGACUCACCAGUUGAGAAUUGCUGGUGUAGUGUACCAUGGCAAGCUUAUGUUUGUGUAAGUGCUUUCUGGAUAAUAUCCGAAUUGUUUAUAAUAGCAGGCCUAUAUAUUAUAUACCAUCAUAGGAAUAUGAUUUUGUAAUAUUUCUUUGUAAGGGAGUUUAGAAUUUUGUUAUAGCCAUACAUUUUAGAUCUUGUGUUUUUUGUUGUCACUAAUCUAAGUUGAUCGUUGUCUUUCUCUAGUAGUCUCUUAUAGUAAGAAGUCAUGACCACCUUGUUUACAAUACUGUCUAUUCAAGGAGUUUACCAAUGUUUUUCACUAAUGAAGCAAGGUCCAGGGUGAGGUUUUCCCCAAUCCUAACGAUAACCAUUAGAGGGGAAAAUGCAAUACUGACCCAAGAUCAGGUUCUAGGGGCAACUUUACCCUACACCAAAGAAUCAAGUGCUAAAUCGGAUGCUGCUUUUGUAGAGAACUGUUUUCCAUUUAAAGGAUGUUAUGAGUGGUUUAAAUUUGUGCAAUUUGUAUACAAAGCCUCAUAUUUUCUCUACAGUUUUGCACUAUUUUGGAAUGAAAAACAAUAAUAAUUUACAAAGUCACAAGGAAUUGUAUUUUAAACCAAAUCUGUUUGAUGGUGGUUGUGCUGGGAAAGAUAUCCUAUGUAUUUUAUUAAAAAACUGCUUUACAAGAGGUCCGCCACCAUCAUAUUCUCUAUCUAUGCACUCACUGUUAUAAUGGUUACGGUACUAGUAAAACGUACAGUUCAACUUUGAAAUAAAGUUUGUAAAUGAUG